GGCUUUUAAUUUUAUAUAUAUUUACCUGUCCGCGUUAAACUAAAGGCUACCAUUUUUCUGAUUGAAAAUGAACACUUGAGCUCAAACUCAUUUGUUUUUUUAUUUUAUCUUUUGUAAAGAUAUGCGCCAUAAUUACCAAACAUAGCUACACACUAUUUUUAUGUUGAUACAAACAAAAAUCAACAAACAAAAAUAGUAUUGGUGAACUUUAGAUACUAGACAAAAAUCCACGUUUUUUUGUUCAGUUUUUCCAUUUGCAUUCUAAAUUGAAAUUUUCUCUUUUCUCUUUGAUUUCCGACUAUUACCUCUCCACGUAACAGACAAAUUGGAGUCCCAUUUAAGGGUACGUCACGGGCCAAAUAUUACCCGAAAGAUUGAAAAGGAAACAAGGAAAAAGUGGAAAUUGAACCUGCAGCCAUAUUUCAAGCUAAUCGACAUCUUUCGACAUUUUCAAACUAAGCCAACUACGAAAUGAACAAUCAAACGCCGUCAAUUUUUGUAAAAUUUCUUGUUCUGGUUUCGGUUUUAUUCGGACUGAAUUAUUCUGCGAAACUCAAAAGCGACUCAAUUCGUAUUUCCAAGUUCCGCCCGAGCUACGACAACCAAUAUGUGUGCACGUCUAAAAAACUCACAGACGGGACCAUGUAUCUGCGAGAAUUUUCACCCAGCGACAAGAGCGGAGUCGCGCAUCAUAUAAUAUUGUAUGGCUGCCGAGCACCGGGAGUGAAUGCCGAUGUCUGGGCUUGCGGUGAUAUGAACUCAAGAGCCGACCAAAAGAAAAACGAAGGGCUAAUUCCUGGUGAUGUUUGCAGUAACGGAGAAGAUCAAAACCUUUUAUUUGUCGAGGCUUUCCAAGCCGGUGACUACGCGCUACCGAACGAGGUAUCUUUCAAGGUCGGCCGAGGAACGCCGAGUCAGUACCUCGUUAUUCAGAUCCACUACAAGAUGGCCGGUAUGUUCCGAGACAACCCGGACGCAACAGACAGUUCGGGAAUCAUUUUCAAGUACCAGAAAGUUCCGACUGACUUUACAGCAGGUGUAUUGCUGCUCGGAUCGGUGGGGUCGAUUCCGUCUAGAAGUGAGGCUGGCAAGGAUACGUAUUGUAUGGAUAUCAUGUGUUCGCCGCAAGCGAUGCCGAGGUAUCAGACCGUGAAACCGUUUGCAUUCCGAGUGCACGCUCAUUCGCACGGCCGUCUUAUCAGCGGAUUUGUUGUGAGGGACGCCAACCCUACUGAAAGGUAUAUGAGCUAUCGCUCUGAGGGUCCCCAGUACGCGAACAAAGUGUGGAUGACAUUGGGGGUGAAGAGUCCUCAAGAAGAACAGACAUUCUACAAUGUGUCUGAUAUGCUAAUUGAACCAUCCGAUAUCCUCGUCGCAAGGUGUGUGUACGAGACAAGCGAGAAGGAAGUUCGGAUUGGGCCGACUGCUGAUGACGAGAUGUGUAAUUUCUACAUCCUGUAUUACAUGGAUGGAACCACAGACGCACGUGACUUGGGACAAAACGUCUGUUUCACUUCUGGUCAAAGCAGCUGGAAAAGACAGAGUCUGUUGUUGGGAAAAGUACCCAAUUGGGUGAAAGAUCUCUCCCUAAACACCACUUUGAGUGACGGGGAAAAGUUAGCGGGUCACGAUCACGCUGUAUGAACAAACUCAUUGGAACCAGGAAGCAUCAUUAACCAAGAAUUAAAUAAACAUGAAGAAUAUUUUUCGGAAUGUGUGAACAAAACCCAGAGUUGAAGUUAUCACGAACGAACUAUAACAGAAAAACACCAGCAACCAAAAAGAAAUAAAUUUGAAUGCAUUUUUACGAGCAACGUGAACAAAAUUCAAUACGAAACCCGAACUAAAAAGUUCAACAGAGAAUGGGAAGUUACCCUCAAUCUGGUAAAUUUUACAACUUUCACAAAAAAGCUGCUAAACUUGACACAGAAGCUAAAAAUAUGUUUUUAAUGAAACAUCUUUAAACAUCUUUAGAUAAAUAUUCUUCUGUGAUCAAAAAGAUCUAGAGUUGACAAGUGUGCGUGUGUUUGUAGUUAAAAAACCGCUAUGCAUUUUUUAUAAAUUUGCUCGAAAUCUAGUCAGAAAAAAAUUUCAUAUGAAAAGCAACUAGACCUCAUUUUUAAUACACUAACACACUGUCAGUGAUUAGAUAAUAUAUGUUUCAUAAAAAUAGCGCAAUUUAAUCCAGCUUUGGUAAAUAGAAGUUUCCAAAAUGGUAGUUUAAAAUGGUGCAGGUUCAAACGAUUAUAACAAAAAAAAUGAGGCAUCUAUUUUGAAUAUCCGGAAAUAUUUUAGUUGCCGUUAAUGAAUUGUUUGCCGCAUAUCUGAAAUAUAUCUGUUGCAUAUUGUUUUAA